CGCGCCGUGAUUGGCCGAGGUGCCCAUCUUUCCUUCGCACCGUAGGCUCUUGUGUGGGGAUAAGGGGCGUGUGACACGGGCAGGCGUCGUCCCUCGGCUUUGCCUGCACGCUGCGCGGGCUUCUAAGUCAUUCGGCGCGGCUCGUUCGAUCGUUCGUGUUCCCACGAAACAAGCCACAAGGAGGAGAAGCGAGCGGCCGGCCAAGCGUUACACUCACUCAGCAUGACGAUCAGAAAUGUUCGCGAUCACGGGCAGCGGUAUCGACCGCGGAUGGCCUGUUUGAGAAAGAUGGAAGCCCUGGUACUGGAGAUGCAGGACCCAAAAGAUGGUGUGAAGUCCCAGACCCAGAGGCUGGUCAUUACUACAAUCCCACAUGCCAUCACGGGUGAAGACAUUGUAGCAUGGAUUGCCAAUCGGUUUAAGAUAGAUGCUCAGGAGGCCCGAACCUUGGGUACCAUGAUGGUAGCAUUUGGCUACAUCUACCCCCUACAGGACCACAAGAAACUCAUUAUCAAGCCUGAUGCCUCCCUGUACCGUUUUCAGACCCCGUACUUCUGGCCUGCUCAGCAGUGGCCAGCAGAGGAUACAGACUAUGCAAUCUACUUAGCAAAGAGAAACAUUCGGAAGAAAGGGGUGCUGGAGCUGUACGAGCAAGAGCAUUACAGCAACCUUCACAAAUGGAUAAACCACAAGUGGGACUUUAUAGUGAUGCAGGCUAAGGAGCAGUACAGGGCAGGGAAGGAGAGGAAGAAGCCAGACCGUGUGGUGUUCGAUUGUCAGGAACGUGCAUAUUGGGUUGUACACCGGCCACCACCGGGGACAAUCAGUGCUAUGGACUACGGUCUGGAUCGCCUCAUUAACCCUAAUGUUGAGGAGGUAACAGAGAAAAAAACUAUAGACUAUUACAGGAGAAUGAUUAUUUUCACACAGCAGUCCAUUAUGAGAUCGCGCGUCAAGUCAUCGGUGUCCAUUGGAGCCAUUGUCAAGUAUAUGACAACGUACAAUAAUCAUGACCCAUUCCUGGCCCCGUGCCUUCCUAGCAACCCCUGGUUAACUGAUGACACCACAUAUUGGGAACUCAACCUUCCCAAUGUGGAGACUCCCACCAAAAUGAGAGUGGAACGGUGGACUUUCGGCUUCCAGGAGCUGCUCAACGACCCCCGAGGUCGGGCUGAUUUCCGCCUCUUCUUGAAGAAGGAGUUCAGCGGCGAAAACUUGGCCUUCUGGGAAACUUGUGAAGACUUAAAGUGGGGAGCUGCAGCCACCAUGAAGGAGAAAGCCCAGCAGAUAUACAAGACCUUCCUGGCACCUGGAGCACCACGUUGGAUCAACAUUGAUGGUAAAACCAUGGAGAUCACUGUGAAGGGACUAGUCCACCCUCAUCGCUACGUUCUGGAUGCUGCCCAAACCCACAUAUACAUGCUUAUGAAGAAGGAUUCAUUUGGACGAUACAUGAAAUCUGCUGUUUCCAAGGAGACGCAGAAAAAGGCCAUUUGCCCUGAGGCACAUAAUUUCAGUGAAGCGCAGCUGGAACAGAAUGCCAAGAAGCGCAAGCCCAGCCUGAGCCCCAUCAUCCUGCGCCAGCGGGAGGAGGAGGAGAAGGCGCGUCUCGCUGCCAGUGGACCCGUGGACAUCACGCAGGUCAUGAGCAAGCUGGAGAAGCGCAACAUGCUCAGAGAAGGGCAGAAGAAAUAGGCUCAUAGCAACAGGGAGGAGGACGGGAGGGCAGGCAGCUGUACAGAAAAUACGCUUGUUUUUUAUUUUUUAAAACUUAUUUAAUUUUUACUGACUUGAAUUUAUGAUAACAAUGUAAAUUCCGUAUGAACUUUAUUGCCAUAUUGACACGGUUAUGUUAAAAUAAAUGAAAAGCUUCGUUUAAAAUAACAUCACUCAGUU